AUGGCGUCCACAGACUACGCGGCCACUCUCGUGGCCCUGCGCGACCAACAAAGAUUACAGCAACUCUCGAUCCUGACACUGGCAGAGCCAAUCCUGAGCUCAAACUUUCAAAAUUCCAACAAUAACCACAAUGAAGACACAUCCAAACCCUCGACGCGGCCGUCCGACGUCUCAUCCACAACAACACAUUAUUCCUCAGAUCUCGACAGCCACCUAACCCCGUCGUCGCUCGCGGCCGACCUGACGCACUACAAAGACCUCUUUUCGAAACUACGCUUCAGCUACCUCGAGCAAGUGACCAAGGAGAAAUACCUGCGCAGUAUCGUGGGCGACCCGCCACUGGUGGUGAGCCACGACGACAACCUGGCGCUCGAGCAGCGGCUGGUUGGCAUGAAGGCGGACGUCAAGCGGCGCAAGGAAGAGGUGGAGGCGCUGGUGGUGGAGAUCGAGGGCCGCGCGCGGGAGGUCGCCGCGCGGUAUCAGAGCGUCGUUGACGGGGCGCUGGUGCUUGAGACGGUGCCGGGCGAGGUCGAGGCGUUGAGUUUGGAGAUCGAAGAGUUGAAGCGCGUGAUCAGAGAGAAGAAGGGCGGUGAUGAUGCGGACAGAGUCAGUGAUGGCGGUGAUGUCAGGAUGAAUCUGUCGUUGGAGAAGACGGCCGCUGCGCUGGAGGAACAGCGUGCGAGGAACCGCGAGGUCGACGCGCAGGUCGAAGAGUUGCAGCGGCGCUUGCCGGCCAAAGUCAGGGAGGUGGAGAAGGUGGAUCGUGAGUUGGUCGAGUUGGAGAAGAGGCGGAACGAGGCAACCAGGUUGGCGAGGGAGGUUAGAAGGAGGAAGGAAGAGGGUGGGCGGGACGAGCUGGACGAGUUGGGUAGGUGGUACCAUGGGAGUGAUGUUGUUCUUCGAGGGUUGUUGGGCGUGGAAGCGUAA